AUGUCCGGAACUCAAUCUUCACCAGUUCUAGUGCCUGUACCGUUGUUGAAGAAAAGGCAUCACCCACGACGCAGAAUACUUGAUACAGAAGCAGCUAAAACGUUGAGAAAGAAAUUGUUCAUCGACGAAAAUGCCAGAGAAAGUUUCGAUGCAGAUGCAGAAGUGCUGUUCAUCGCCGAAUCUCCUGUCAAAAAAGUCCAGAUAGAUAAAGAGAGUCCUAGAAUGGUGGACAAGACACACCAUAACAAUGACCUCUCCGUCAAACAGACAGAAUCGAGUGGCAGAGUGUCCGGUAAGGACAUUUGUCAGUUAGAUAUUGGAAACAGCCAUUAUGUUGUUGCCAAUCAUUUCCAAGGCAGGCAUUGGGUUCAUAUUAGAGUCUAUGAGAAAGGACAGAAUAACUCCACGUAUCCUACUAAAAAGGGAAUUGCUCUAGACUUAGAGAAAUGGAUGAAACUUAUAACCUGGUAUGCCGACGCCGUGGAUGAUGCCAUCAAGGGGUACGACGACAACAGGGACACAGAUUUGCACCUUCACCUUGGAGCCAAUUACUUCGUCAGUGUAAAACAGGGAUACCCAGUCGUAAAUAUCAGACGAUGGUUUCUACCAGAAAAUGAAGAAAGCAUCAAACCCACUCGCAAGGGAAUAACAUUGACAUUUCGACAGUGGGAGAAAGUCAAGGACAGUAUGCUCGUUUUAAAAGAUUUAAUAGGAGCCGAACUUGAUAACGUUAGAUUCUGUGAAUUGGCAGACGACCAUCAGAAUCAAAUGGGGAUGCUCCAAUGCAGCAAUUGUAAUCCUAAUGGAACUAUGUUUUGAUGGAACGAAUGUGGAGGAAU